AUGGUGGCCGUGCGGACCAUAGAUCUUCCUUUUCUGGGCAUCCGUGCCGGAUACGCCUUGGACGACAAAACAUUCGAUCCUGCAAAACCGACAUGCGUGCUCGUGAACUCCAUGUGCAUGACCUCGGCACUCUUCCGGCCGCAAUUCGAGGAUGAGACGCUCACCAAGUUUAUGAACCUCGUCGCAGUUGAACCCCUCGGGCACGGUGCCACCACAUGCGCUUCUCAGCAGUUCACCUACUGGGACUCGGCCAGAAUGGCGCUACUCGUCUUGGACCACCUGAAGAUUGACAAGUUCUUUGCUCUCGGGACAAGCCAGGGCGGCUGGUUGGUAACACGCCUGGCUCUCCUGGCUCCCGACAGAAUCCAAGGUCUCCUUCUGUUGGGCACAUCAAUGGACUGCGAGUCGGCCGACUCGCGCACCAAAGGCUGCUGGGAUCCCGUACCUUUCUUCAAGCCCUUCUUGCAGUCGUGGACGAGUGCCGAGCCCACGCCGACCUUUAGCCCCAGUCAGGAUUGGCUCGGUGCCUGUACCGGCCUGGGCUUUGGGUCAGCGGGCAGUGCAGAGAACACAGAAUUUUGGAACCGCACCAUUAGUGAGGUAUACAAGGGUGAUGAGGGCAGACAAAAGUUGAAGAUGGCCACCAUCUGCCUUGCUGAAAGAGACAGCCUCCUGCUCCGGCUCGAGUAUAUUACGUGUCCGGUUCACUGGCUUCAGGGCUCUGAAGAUGCAGUUUACUCGACGCAAAUCGCCACUGAGCAAAUUGCGCUAUUCACUUCUUCUAGUGAUGCUCACGUCAGUUUCGUCGAGGGUGGAGCUCAUUACCUAAGCGCUUCCAACCCUGUCGAGGUAAACCAGGCUCUGUUGGCCUUGGUACAGAAAUCCUUGUGA